CAGGAAGCGGCUGGGCAGGCCAGGGGAGAGACUGUCAGCCAUUGCUGUGCGUCGUGGCUCUAUCGCAAAACACGAAGGCAGGAAAGACGCCGUUUGCUAGUGUUUGUCGGAGUUCCUUAUCAGUGGUAUCGAAGAGCAAACGUAACUCGUCUGUAAAUCUACAUAUAGAUACGAGAAUUUACGAGAUCCGGAUAUGUCCUUCAUAUUUGAUUGGAUUUAUAGUGGUUUCAGUAGUGUACUGCAGUUUCUAGGGCUGUACAAGAAAUCAGGCAAAUUAGUAUUUCUUGGCCUGGACAAUGCUGGCAAGACGACGCUACUGCAUAUGCUUAAAGAUGACAGACUUGGUCAACAUGUGCCAACCUUACAUCCAACCUCAGAAGAGCUGACAAUUGCUGGCAUGACCUUCACCACUUUUGACCUUGGUGGCCACGCACAGGCACGAAGAGUAUGGAAAAACUACCUCCCGGCCAUCAACGGCAUUGUCUUUCUUGUUGACUGCAUAGACCACCCUAGACUCGCCGAAUCCAAAACAGAGCUUGAUGCACUAAUGACAGACGAAACUAUCGGAAACGUUCCUAUCUUGAUCCUUGGCAACAAGAUCGAUAAGCCAGAGGCCAUCAGUGAGGAGAAACUGCGAGAAAUAUUUGGAUUGUAUGGCCAGACAACAGGCAAGGGUAAUGUUCCCCUGAAAGAACUGAAUACACGACCACUGGAGGUGUUCAUGUGUAGUGUCCUCAAGAGACAGGGUUAUGGAGAGGGUUUCCGUUGGCUCUCCCAGUACAUUGACUAGAGGCCUGCAACAAUGGGGUGCACAAGGAGCUGCCAAACCGACACCCACACUCAGCUCUAUGUUCAGUUCUAAAAUCUGCCUUGACUCUUCAAAAGAAAAACAGCAACCCAGUACAACUUGAUUCAAAUAGACUUUCAUUAGGUGGACAUUAAAUUGUUUUCUUACAACUCCUUUUUCUAAGAGAAUGACAUAGCAGACUUUGUGUUAAAUCCAAAUUGAUAAGUUUUUAUUACUUUGGGUCUUUUUGUUUCCUUUGCUUUCUUUAGACAUAUUUCAUUUACAGGACCUCUGCUUGAUGUGGAAACAUUGCAAAAAAAAUAAUAAUAAUGUUAUUGGCAACCAAAUUCAAGUGGUGUGUAAGAGACAUGCAGGAUGUCAUAUACACAGCUUUUUGACAGGAAACAUCCUGGGACAUCACCUGUGUUGUAUUAUGUUUUGAUGUUUUUUUUUUUCCCCAUGCCCUUUUUUUUUUUUUUUUAACAAUUGUGGCCUAGCUUUACGGCUGAUGAUGAGCAGUUUAUGACUUUACCUAAUUAAUGUCAUUGCAGUGAUUUUCAGCUGCAUGGUUAUCUUUUACCCUCUAAGCUAUGGAAGCGAUAGCGUAUAGCCACACACAUUUGUUUUUAAGCCCUCUUUAAAUGAUAUUUAGUCUUGUAAUUAUAGCCUAAUAUGCAAGAUAGAUAUGGCAAUAAAUCACAAACGUGGGAAUGCUAGAUUGCUGCCCAUUAGACAGAAGAGAUUAUGGACAGCUGUGUAAGAGGGUGAGAUUAACCAACAGUUUUUUUUUUUUUUUUCUUUCUUUCCUAUGAAAGCAUACAAGUUUUGAAAUAACGACUGAAAGAAGAUGCAGUGAGAAGAUAAACACACAUGCAGGACUUUAACAUUUAACGUUUAAACAUUCUGUAGGUCAAACACUGCUUCAUUAAGGAUGUCCAUGUCAGAUGGUAAAAAUGUGAGUAAUAUCCCACCUGGAUAUGUGACUAUCAAGUAAAUGGGCAGCAUGUACAUGAAUACCACAGAUGGAUUUUUAUAAGCGGUGUCCUCGGUAGUUCUUUAUUUGAUCAAUGUGCAUUACUUGAGGAAAUUACUAUUUUGCAUGCCUUGUUCCUUGAUCUUUAAUGAUCAUUCCAAAAUGAAGAAAUCCAAAAUGAGGGAUGCCAAAUUAACAUAAUAGUCUUUGUGGUUCUUUCCUUAAAGGAGGUACAAUGGAAUGGCACAAUAAUAGACUUCUCUUUCUGUUCUGUUCCUUUACGUACCAUCUAUCAUUCCACGAGCUGUUCUGUGUAAGGGAGAUGUUGUUUGCAUCAUAAAUUGUAAUAAAUGUUUGCAAUUAAUACAGGAUCCAAAGCUUUCAAUGACUUUUUCUGAAAGCAAACGGUGAGUGUUGUUUGAAAAUAAGACCGAGAAUAGGUUGGUUGCCUUAUACAACUCCAUAAAAUACUAAGUAUUUUCUACACUUUAUCAUUUACUUGUGAAAUUAUGCAAUACAAUACAUUUUCUUGAUAACUGAUGACAUUGUUAAAAAACACUUCACUGGCUGAUGCUACACAGAUUAUUUGAGGGACUUACUGCAGAAUUUAAGUUUCCAUAGAAAUCUAAAAUUAGGUGAAAAUAAGGAUAAUUUAAUUGACUGACCCAUACAAUUCAUGGCCUCAUCUCCAUGAACAUGAGAAUCCUUAUCUGAAAAAGUUAAAAAGACCAGGAAAAGUUGUUCAGACGUAUGGCAUUAUGCCCAUAUUGCAUUUGCAUGUGGCAUUUGGCAUUUUAACAAGAUUUCCAGGUCUACAUUUCCAUGCUCUAAUUAAUCCAUUUCUACAACUACAAAAAUUGCUUGAGGGCCAUAAUGGCAGGAUGGUGACUGUCUAGUGGCUGUCAUAUGGGAUCUUCUUUCGGCUGCUCCCUUUAGGGGUCGCCACAGUGACUGUCAUAUGGGAUAAAGCAAUUUAAUAGAAAUCUAACACUAAGCCUUCUCUCUGCAUUUCAUUGGUUCCAUUCCAUCUCUGAAUGGAAAUGUUUUCAGUAUCACAUUUUUUGCUUUAUGUGUAGUGAGAUCCAAAAAAGUGGAUUUUUUUUUUGCCAUUUUUCCGUACAUGUGUUGAACUGGUGUUUUUUCACACAUGAGCAGAACAUCCAUGCCAUGGCAGACCCUGGCUUUUGAACUUUACGCUCAUAACAGUCUGAUCCUUUUCUUCUUUGGCCCAAAGAACACAGACUGCAGAACACAUUUCCACUAUAUCGGUUUAUAUUUCAGAUGAGCUUAAGCUGAGAAGUCGGUGAUGUUUCUCGACGUGGAUGACAUAUGGUUUCCGCUAUGCAUUUUACAGUCUUAACAUGGAUGCAGCCAUGAACAGUGUUUAUUCACAACAGUAUGACAAAGUAUUCCUGAACCCAUAUGGUGAUAUCCAUCACAGAACCAUGCUAGGUUUUAAUGCAGUGAUGUCUGAGGGUAUUUCUUGAGCCCCCCCCCCAGUCAAUGUGUCUUCCUUUUACAAAUUUUUCCAUGACACAGAUGACUGUGGUGUACUAUCACCAAGCCUAGAUAUUUGUGACAUCUAAUGUGAAAGGUCUCAUACAAAUAAAACUAAUGUCUUCCUAAA